AUGGACCCGCUAGACGUACUACUGGACGAAGUGGCGUUGGAGGGACUGGACGGGGUUACUAUCACCUCUCUGUGGAUUCGGUUGGAGAAGAGGAACCCUGCUUUCCCACUGAAUCUAGACUCGUAUACUAAAGAGUUCAUUUGGAAAUCCUUGGUAUAUAACCACGAAGUCGACUUCUACGAGCUGCCGCAAGAGAGAGCGGAUGUCGUGCUCGUCGACAGGUAGGUUGGAGUUGUCUUACGCCUCGAUCAACACCUACAGUGUCUUUGCGAAAAAUGGGACGCAGCAUCAUCUGGAUAUGUGUGCAACAAAAGUUAAACAUUCACCGUCUGCUACCAUUUCUGUCAAGCCGUCUACGCAUACAGUUUGACGCAUGUGUUCGAUAAAUUCAACAUAUGCACCAAACAGAACGCACUGCCUCUGCAAAGCAACGCUGCAAGGCAAACGCAGCGUCCCAUUGGAAAUGAAUGUACUUCAGGUGUACCAACAUGUAUUGACACUGUCGGUGUGAUUGAGGUUCGUCUAGCAAUGCCAUCACAUGAUGCGUUCGAGAUGACUCGGAACAAGGAAAUAUCCGAACUCCGAUUACAAUGCGUUCAAGACAACUGAGAACUUGGGGAAAAAACUAGCUCCAAUUGGGAAAAUUUGUUUUGAACAGUCAUUCAACUCGGAAUUAGAAUUUGGAAAAUCUGGCAUCAUGCAGUCACGAUUUUUCCCACUCUGAACUCGUUUUUCCCCGACUUCCCAGUUGUUUUGAAUGCAACAUCAAUCCUGCUAAAUUGUUUCCCUAUAUCGUACAUUUGUAGCGUUAUUGCAUUGGUUGAUACUCUCUGAAUUAUAAACAAACUAUCUAACUAGCUAGUAAAACCAUUCAGAAGUCCUGACACCAAAGCUGACACUACUAACUAGUUAGCUAACCGCGGUGGCUAAAUAUCUAGCCAUGCUCCGUGCCAAAUGUUCAGUUAGCUGCAUGCCAAGUUACCAAAGCCACUAUCCCUCUCCAUGCCAUCUGUCUGUUCUUCAGGUUUGCAGACAUCGAUCCAGACACAGGGAUUCAGGAAGUAGCCUGUUGGGACGUCAGAGGGGACUCCUACCCUGUCCAGAUCUUAUUGGAUGAUAAGAGUGGAAUCCAGGGCUCGUGCGUCUUCUUCAAGGAGAGGAAAAACGUCACCCCAAUCAUCCGCACCACCGACCUGACGCCAUGUCUAACGUUAGAGGACGCCUUCAAAAGGUGGGGAGAAACUGGCUGAAGAUUAAUCUGUGUGGAGGGGGGGGGGAUAAACUGUCUGAAGAUUUAAGAUAUCUCUAAGACAUUCAUAUCCAGCUGGUCCCAAUUCCUCCACCUCUCCUUGGCCUUAACCCUUCAGUGUAGGUUUGGGGCAGUAUCCAGAUUUUCAGACCGUUUCUGUACCAUACUGGGGUAUACGGUAUUACUGGAAGUGCACACAAAGGGUGCUAUUUGACACACAAAACAAUUUAGGCAACUGGGAUCUUGAUCCAGGAGGGGAUUGAAUGCCUCUAGUCUGGGUGCCAGUCUCUUUAGCUAACAUUCCACUCCUUGUCAUUGCCAAAGAGACUGGCUUCUGGCAACCUCAACGUUCAAUAUGCAGCUGGAUUUAUAGCGGAGUUGCUCAUUGGUUGUUGGAAAUGACGUUCAUAUUUUCCAUGACAACACGUGGAGCCUCGAAUAGAAUGAUAACAAAGUCAAAAACAACCAUUUAGCUGUUCGCUGGGCAAGCUGUAUUCUGAGGCUUAAAGUCAAGGGAAAUACAUUUUGUGGUUGGAAUUGCAGUAUUUAUUUAGUUUGAGAAUUUAGAGUUCGAUUUUUGUAACACAGUUGAAUUUGUAUCCUUCAAAAUGUAUGGAAUUUCAUUAAAAUUAAAAUAAAAGCCAAUAGUUGGAUAAUCAUUGUGAUUGGAGGAUAGCUGUGUAGGUGAUAGAAUCAGAAUCAAAUCCUCUGUUGUCCUCGAGCUCAUUAAUAAUCGAAUGUUUGUAUUUGAAGAUGGCAGAAAUCAAACCGUCGGUGUUUCGAAAUGCCCGGUGUACUAUAUAAACGCUAUAUCGCCCAAGCCCACUUCAAUGUUUGCAGAUCUGUAAGGUGGAAGCAAUAUGGUAGAGCUGGGAUGAUAAACUAAAAAUGAUCGACACCGACAAUCACCCAACACUUAUUGCAGGCAUUUGGCUGAUAUCGUUCAUUACGAUAAGUAGCCAAUACUAGAGAAAUGUCAAGUUUUAAAUGAAAUAAGUUUGCUAAUGUGGGUGAUUGUUAAUGGGACAAUUGAUCAUCAAACUAGUAGUAGUAGUUUAAAGGAUAAGAAAAAAAAAAAAAAAACUGGUGCACAUGAAUGUUCUAAACUGUGGUGCACAUGAAUGUUCUAAACUGUGGUGCACAUGAAUGUUCUAAACUUGUAAUUCUAUUUAUAGUUGCAUCAAUUUUGGUAAUUUAAUUUUUGUCCAUAACACCCAGCUCUACAAUAUGGGGGAAGCUCCUCUACUCUACUGCUUACCUAUCCAGACCCUUCAGUCCUCUACUCUACUGCUUACCUAUCCAGACCCUUCAGUCCUCUACUCUACUGCUUACCUAUCCAGACCCUUCAGUCCUCAACUGCUUACCUAUCCAGACCCUUCAGUCCUCUACUCUACUGCUUACCUAUCCAGACCCUUCAGUCCUCUACUCUACUGCUUACCUAUCCAGACCCUUCAGUUCCUCUACUCUAUUUGCUUACCUAUCCAACCCUUCAGUCCUCUACUCUACUGCUUACCUAUCCAGACCCUUCAGUCCUCUACUCUACUGCUUACCUAUCCAGACCCUUCAGUCCUCUACUCACUGCUUACCUAUCCAGACCCUUCAGUCCUCUACUCCACUGCUUACCUAUCCAGACCCUUCAGUCCUCUACUCUACUGCUUUACCUAUCCAGACCCUUCAGUCCUCUACUCUCUGCUUACCUAUCCAGACCCUUCAGUCCUCUACUCUACUGCUUACCUAUCCAGACCCUUCAGUCCCUCUACUCUACUGCUUACCUAUCCAAACCCUUCAGUCCUCUACUCUACUGCUUACCUAUCCAGACCCUUCAGUCCUCUACCUACUACUGCUUACCUAUCCAGACCCUUCAGUCCUCUACUCUAACUGCUACCUCCAGACCCUUCAGUCCUCUACUCCUACUGCUUACCUAUCCAGAGCCGUCAGUCCCUCUUACUCCACUGCUUACCUAUCCAGACCUCUCAUUCCUCUCUGCUUACUAGCCAUACCCUUCCGUCCUCUACUCUACGCUUACCUAUCCAGACCCGUCCGUCCCUCUACUCCACUGCUACCUAUCCAGACCCUUCAUCCUCUACUCUACUGCUUACCUAUCCAGACCCUUCAUCCCUACGCCACUGCUUACCUAUCCAGACCCUUCAGUCCUCACUGCGUUACCUAUCCAGACCCUUCAGUCCUCUACCUACUGCUUACCUAUCCAGACCCUUCAGUCCUCUACUCCACUGCUUACCUAUCCAGACCCUCAGUCCUCUACUCCACUGCUUACCUAUCCAGACCCUUCAGUCUCUACUCUACUGCUUACCUAUCCAGACCCUUCAGUUCCUACUACUGCUUACCUAUCCAGACCCUUCAGUCCUCUACUCUACUGCUUACCUAUCCAGACCCUUCAGUCCUCUACUCUACUGCUUACCUAUCCAGACCCUUCAGUCCUCUACUCUACUGCUUACCUAUCCAGACCCUUCAGUCCUCUACUCACUGCUUACCUAUCCAGACCCUUCAGUCCUCUACUCACUGCUACCUAUCCAGACCCUUCAGUCCUCUACUCCACUGCUUACCUAUCCGACCCUUCAGUCCUCUACUCUACUGCUUACCUAUCCAGACCCUUCAGUCCUCUACUCUACUGCUUACCUAUCCAGACCCUUCAGUCCUCUACUCCACUGCUUACCUAUCCAGACCCUUCAGUCCUCUACUCUACUGCUUACCUAUCCAGACCCUUCAGUCCUCUACUCCACUGCUUACCUAUCCAGACCCUUCAGUCCUCUACUCUACUGCUUACCUAUCCAGACCCUUCAGUCCUCUACUCUACUGCUUACCUAUCCAGACCCUUCAGUCCUCUACUCUACUGCUUACCUAUCCGACCCUUCAGUCCUCUACUCUACUGCUUACCUAUCCAGACCCUUCAGUCCUCUACUCAAACUGCUUACCUAUCCAGACCCUUCAGUCCUCUACCCCUACUGCUUACCUAUCCAGACCCUUUCAGGUCCUCUACUCUACUGCUUACCUAUCCAGACCCUUCAGUCCUCUACUCUACUGCUUACCUAUCCAGACCCUUCAGUCCUCUCCCACCUGCUUACCUAUCCAGACCCUUCAGUCCUCUACUCUCCACUGCUUACCUAUCCAGACCCUUCAGUCCUCUACUCUACUGCUUACCUAUCCAGACCCUUCAGUCCUCUACUGCUUACCUAUCCAGACCCUUCAGUCCUCUACUCUACUGCUUACCUAUCCAGACCCUUCAGUCCUCUACCCCUACUGCUUACCUAUCCAGACCCUUCAGUCCUCUACUGCUUACCUAUCCAGACCCUUCAGUCCUCUACUCUACUGCUUACCUAUCCAGACCCUUCAGUCCUCUACUCUACUGCUUACCUAUCCAGACCCUUCAGUCCUCUACUCUACUGCUUACCUAUCCAGACCCUUCAGACCUCUACUCUACUGCUUACCUAUCCAGACCCUUCAGUCCUCUACUCUACUGCUUACCUAUCCAGACCCUUCAGUCCUCUACUCAAACUGCUUACCUAUCCAGACCCUUCAGUCCCUCUACUGCUUCCUAUCCAGACCCUUAAGUCCUCUACUGCUUACCUAUCCAGACCCUUCAGUCCUCUACUCUACUGCUUACCUCUCCAGACCCUUCAGUCCUCUACUCUACUGCUAACCUAUCCAGACCCUUCCGUCCUCUAUCCUACUGCUUACCUAUCCAGACCCCCUUCAGUCCUCCUACUUCUACUGCUUACCUAUCCAGACACCCUUUCAGUCCUCUAACUCUACUGCUUACUAUCCAGACCCCUUCAGUCCUCUACCUCCACUGCUUACCUAUCCAGGACCCUUCAGUCCUUACUCCUACUGCUUACCUAUCCAGACCCUUCAAGUCCUCUACUUACUGCUUACCUAUCCAGGACCCUUCAGUCCUCUACUCUAUCUGUUACCUAUCCAGGACCCUUCAGUCCUCUACUCCUACUGCUUACCUAUCCAGACCCUUCAGUCCUCUUACUCUACUGCUUACCUAGCCAGACCCUUCAGUCCUCUACUCCUUACUGCUUACCUAUCCAGACCCCUUCAGUCCUUACUGCUUACCUAUCCAGACCCUUCAGUCCUCUACUCCACUGCUUACCUAUCCAGACCCUUCAGUCCUCUACUCCACUGCUUACCUAUCCAGACCCUUCAGUCCUCUACUCCACUGCUUACCUAUCCAGACCCUUCAGUCCUCUACUCUACUGCUUACCUAUCCAGACCCUUCAGUCCUCUACUCCACUGCUUACCUAUCCAGACCCUUCAGUCCUCUACUCUACUGCUUACCUAUCCAGACCCUUCAGUCCUCUACUCUACUGCUUACCUAUCCAGACCCUUCAGUCCUCUACUCCACUACUUACCUAUCCAGACCCUUCAGUCCUCUACUCCACUACUUACCUAUCCAGACCCUGUAGAGAUGCUAACAUCAAGGGGGAGAGAUGGGGAGUGAUAUGGGAGGGGCUGGUAACGUUACAUUAGCUGGCCGACUACAGACAGUCAAAGCACCAAAUGGAAACCUCUCCUCCUCUCUCCUCUCCUCCAGGUAGAAUCAAUCCACAACUUGUCAUGAACUAGUCAGGUAGAUAAUAACUAAGGUUGGUCCUAAAACAACCCCUAACCCAUGAUAACCUCUCCUCCUCUCUCCUCUCCUCCAGGUAGAAUCAAUCCACAACUUGUCAUGAACUAGUCAGGUAGAUACUAACUAAGUAUGGUCCUAAAACAACCCCUAACCCAUGAUAACCUCUCCUCCUCUCUCCUCUCCUCCAGGUAGAAUCAAUCCACAACUUGUCAUGAACUAGUCAGGUAGAUCCUAACUAAGGAUGGUCCUAAAACAACCCCUAACCCAUGAUAACCUCUCUCCUCUCCUCCAGGUGGGGUAGGAAGCUGGUAAUGGUGGCCUCCCAUGAUAACCUCUCUCCUCUCCUCCAGGUGGGGUAGGAAGCUGGUAAUGGUGGCCUCCCAUGAUAACCUCUCCUCCUCUCCUCCAGGUGGGGUAGGAAGCUGGUAAUGGUGGCCUCCCAGAGGGUAAGGUUCAGGGUGUUGAUAGGUGACGGAGGCGACCCGGACGUGAAGCUGACUGACCACUCCUACUGUAUCCUGGAGAGGCUGGGGAGGGCCCGCUGGCAGGGAGGAGUUACAGAGAGACCUGCACUCCUGCUCAUUCAAGUAGGUGGCUAGACAGGAAACUCUUUAGUACUAUAUACCACUAUAGUCUGCUCUGAUUGGUCAGGACUCAGUCCACUAUGUAAUAAGCUGUGUUGUGAUUGGUGCAGGACGGACCCGAGGAGGAUGCACUACAUGAGGAAGUCUCUGAAGCAGAAUGAUCUGAUCACCAUGCAGUCUCAUGUCAUCAGACUGGCCAGCGGAGCACAGCAACACUCCAUACUACUGCUGCUCAAACGCUUCCACAUAGACCGGUCAGAACCCUCACUCACUCACCAAACGCUUCCACAUAGACCGGUCAGAACCCUCACUCACUCACCAAACGCUUCCACAUAGACCGGUCAGAACCCUCACUCACUCACCAAACGCUUCCACAUAGACCGGUCAGAACCCUCACUCACUCACCAAACGCUUCCACAUAGACCGGUCAGAACCCUCACUCACUCACCAAACGCUUCCACAUAGACCGGUCAGAACCCUCACUCACUCACUCACCAAACGCUUCCACAUAGACCGGUCAGUGCACUCACUCACUCACCAACGCUUCCACAUAGACCCUCAGUUACUCCUCACUCACCAAACCUUCCACAUAGACCGGUCAUUAUACUCACUCACUCACCAACGCUUCCACAUAACCGGUCAGGUCACUCACUCACUCACCAACCCCUUCCACAUAACCGGUCAGUAUACACUCACUCACCAAACGCUUCCACAUAGACCGGUCAGUAUACUCACUCACUCACCAAACGCUUCCACAUAGACCGGUCAGUGCACUCUCACUCACUCACCAAACGCUUCCACAUAGACCGGUCAGUGCACUCACUCACUCACCAAACGCUUCCACAUAGACCGGUCUAUACUCCUCACUCACUCACUCACACAAACGCUUCCACAUAGACCGGUCAGUGCACUCCUCACUCACUCACCAAAACGCUUCCACAUAGACCGGUCAGUGCACUCACUCACUCACCAAACGCUUCCACAUAGACCGGUCAGUAUACUCACUCACUCACUCACCAAACGCUUCCACAUAGACCGGUCAGUGCACUCACUCACUCACUCACCAAACGCUUCCACAUAGACCGGUCAGUGCACUCACUCACUCACCAAACGCUUCCACAUAGACCGGUCAGUAUACUCACUCACUCACUCACCAAACGCUUCCACAUAGACCAGUCAGAACACCCACUCACCACUUACGAACCUUACCCAACGAUGCAGAGUUUAAAUAUAAUAGUACAAAAUAAAAGAAUGGCGCUAUAUACAGGAAGUACCAGUACCAGAUCAAUAUGGAGCUAUAUACAGGGAGUACCAGUACCAGAUCAAUGUGCAGCUAUAUACAGGGAGUACCAGUACCAGAUCACUGUGCAGCUAUAUACAGGAAGUACCAGUACCAGAUCAAUGUGGAGCUAUAUACAGGGAGUACCAGUACCAGAUCAAUGUGCUGCUAUAUACAGGGAGUACCAGUACCAGAUCAAUGUGGAGCUAUAUACAGGGAGUACCAGUACCAGAUCAAUAUGGAGCUAUAUACAGGGAGUACCAGUACCAGAUCAAUAUGGAGCUAUAUACAGGGAGUACCAGUACCAGAUCAAUGUGGAGCUAUAUAGAGGGAGUACCAGUACCAGAUCAAUGUGCAGAGGUAAAAGGUUAAUACGUACAUGUAGGCAGGGUAAAGGAGUCAUCAGGAUAGAUAAUAAUAUUAUUAUUAUUAUUAUUAUUAUUAUUAUUAUUAUUAUUAUGGUAUUUGAGGUAGAUAUGUACAUGAAGGCAGGGUAAAGUGACUAGGCAUCAGGAUAUAUAAUAAUAAGGUAUAUGAGGUAGAUACAGUGGGGAAAAAAAGUAUUUAGUCAGCCACCAAUUGUGCAAGUUCUCCCACUUAAAAAGAUGAGAGGCCUGUAAUUUUCAUCAUAGGUACACGUCAACUAUGACAGACAAAAUGAGGAAAAUAAAUCCAGAAAAUCACAUUGUAGGAUUUUUAAUGAAUUUAUUUGCAAAUUAUGGUGGAAAAUAAGUAUUUGGUCAAUAACAAAAGUUUCUCAAUACCCUUUCUUGGCAAUGACACAGGUCAAACGUUUUCUGUAAGUCUUCACAAGGUUUUCACACACUGUUGCUGGUAUUUUGGCCCAUUCCUCCAUGCAGAUCUCCUCUAGAGCAGUGAUGUUUUGGGGCUGUGGCUGGGCAACACGGACUUUCAACUCCCUCCAAAGAUGUUCUAUGGGGUUGAGAUCUGGAGACUGGCUAGGCCACUCCAGGACCUUGAAAUGCUUCUUACGAAGGCACUCCUUCGUUGCCCGGGCGGUGUGUUUGGGAUCAUUGUCAUGCUGAAAUACCCAGCCAUGUUUCAUCUUCAAUGCCCUUGCUGAUGGAAGGAGGUUUUCACUCAAAAUCUCACGAUACAUGGCCCCAUUCAUUCUUUCCUUUACACGGAUCAGUCGCCCUGGUCCCUUUGCAGAAAAACAGCCCCAAAGCAUGAUGUUUCCACCCCCAUGCUUCACAGUAGGUAUGGUGUUCUUUGGAUGCAACUCAGCAUUCUUUGUCCUCCAAACACGACGAGUUGAGUUUUUACCAAAAAGUUAUAUUUUGGUUUCAUCUGACAUUCUCCCAAUCCUCUUCUGGAUCAUCCAAAUGCACUCUAGCAAACUUCAGACGGGCCUGGACAUGUACUGGCUUAAGCAGGGGGACACGUCUGGCACUGCAGGAUUUGAGUCCCUGGCGGCGUAGUGUGUUACUGAUGGUAGGCUUUGUUACUUUGGUCCCAGCUCUCUGCAGGUCAUUCACUAGGUUCCCCCGUGUGGUUCUGUGAUUUUUGCUCACCGUUCUUGUGAUCAUUUUGACCCCACGGGGUGAGAUCUUGCGUGGAGCCCCAGAUCGAGGGAGAUUAUCAGUGGUCUUGUAUGUCUUCCAUUUCCUAAUAAUUGCUCCCACAGUUGAUUUCUUCAAACCAAGCUGCUUACCUAUUGCAGAUUCAGUCUUCCCAGCCUGGUGCAGGUCUACAAUUUUGUUUCUGGUGUCCUUUGACAGCUCUUUGGUCUUGGCCAUAGUGGAGUUUGGAGUGUGACUGUUUGAGGUUGUGGACAGGUGUCUUUUAUACUGAUAACAAGUUCAAACAGGUGCAAUUAAUACAGGUAACUAGUGGAGGACAGAGGAGCCUCUUAAAGAAGAAGUUACAGGUCUGUGAGAGCCAGAAAUCUUGCUUGUUUGUAGGUGACCAAAUACUUAUUUUCCACCAUAAUUUGCAAAUAAAUUCAUUAAAAAUUCUCCAAUGUGAUUUUCUGGAUUUUUUUUCCUCAAUUUGUCUGUCAUAGUUGACGUGUACCUAUGAUGAAAAUUACAGGCCUCUCUCAUCUUUUUAAGUGGGAGAACUUGCACAAUUGGUGGCUGACUAAAUACGUUUUUUCCCCCACUGUAGAUAUGUACAUGAAGGCAGGGUAAAGGAGUCAUCAGGAUAUAUAAUAAUAAUAAGAGUAAAUUAAAGAACAGAGUAGCAGCAGCAUAUGAUGUAUGUGUGUGGGAUAUUGUUUUGUGUGGGAGUGUCAAUGUAGUGUGUGUAUGUAUAUAUAUAUAUAUAUAUAUAUAUAUAUAUAUAUAUAUAUAUAUACAGUGGGGAAAAAAAGUAUUUAGUCAGCCACCAAUUGUGCAAGUUCUCCCACUUAAAAAGAUGAGAGAUGCCUGUAAUUUUCAUCAUAGGUACACGUCAACUAUGACAGACAAAUUGAGAAAAAAAAAUCCAGAAAAUCACAUUGUAGGAUUUUUAAUGAAUUUAUUUGCAAAUUAUGGUGGAAAAUAAGUAUUUGGUCACCUACAAACAAGCAAGAUUUCUGGCUCUCACAGACCUGUAACUUCUUCUUUAAGAGGCUCCUCUGUCCUCCCCUCGUUUCCUGUAUUAAUGGCACCUGUUUGAACUUGUUAUCAGUAUAAAAUACACCUGUCCACAACCUCAAACAGUCACACUCCAAACUCCACUAUGGCCAAGACCAAAGAGCUGUCAAAGGACACCAGAAACAAAAUUGUAGACCUGCACCAGGCUGGGAAGACUGAAUCUGCAAUAGGUAAGCAGCUUGGUUUGAAGAAAUCAACUGUGGGAGCAAUUAUUAGGAAAUGGAAGACAUACAACACCACUGAUAAUCUCCCUCGAUCUGGGGCUCCACGCAAGAUCUCACCCCGUGGGGUCAAAAUUAUCACAAGAACGGUGAGCAAAAAUCCCAGAACCACACGGGGGGACCUAGUGAAUGACCUGCAGAGAGCUGGGACCAAAGUAACAAAGCCUACCAUCAGUAACACACUACGCCGCCAGGGACUCAAAUCCUGCUGUGUCCCCCUGCUUAAGCCAGUACAUGUCCAGGCCCGUCUGAAGUUUGCUAGAGUGCAUUUGGAUGAUCCAGAAGAGGAUUGGGAGAAUGUCAGAUGAAACCAAAAUAGAACUUUUUGGUAAAAACUCAACUCGUCGUGUUUGGAGUACAAAGAAUGCUGAGUUGCAUCCAAAGAACACCAUACCUACUGUGAAGCAUGGGGGUGGAAACAUCAUGCUUUGGGUCUGUUUUUCUGCAAAGGGACCAGGACGACUGAUCCGUGUAAAGGAAAGAAUGAAUGGGGCCAUGUAUCGUGAGAUUUUGAGUGAAAACCUCCUUCCAUCAGCAAGGGCAUUGAAGAUGAAACGUGGCUGGGUCUUUCAGCAUGACAAUGAUCCCAAACACACCGCCCGGGCAACGAAGGAGUGGCUUCGUAAGAAGCAUUUCAAGGUCCUGGAGUGGCAUAGCCAGUCUCCAGAUCUCAACCCCAUAGAAAAUCUUUGGAGGGAGUUGAAAAUCCGUGUUGCCCAGCGACAGCCCCAAAACAUCACUGCUCUAGAGGAGAUCUGCAUGGAGGAAUGGGCCAAAAUACCAGCAACAGUGUGUGAAAACCUUGUGAAGACUUACAGAAAACGUUUGACCUGUGUCAUUGCCAACAAAGGGUAUAUAACAAAGUAUUGAGAAACUUUUUUGUUAUUGACCAAAUACUUAUUUUCCACCAUAAUUUGCAAAUAAAUGCAUUAAAAAUCCUACAAUGUGAUUUUCUGGAAUUUCUUUUCUCAUUUUGUCUGUCAUAGUUGACGUGUACCUAUGAUGAAAAUUACAGGCCUCUCUCAUCUUUUUAAGUGGGAGAACUUGCACAAUUGGUGGCUGACUAAAUACUUUUUUUCCCCACUGUAUAUAUAUAUAUAUAUAUAUAUAUAUAUAUAUAUAUAUAGUAUUGUGAGUGUGCAUAGGGUCAAUGCAUGAUAGAGUCAGUGCAUAUAGUUCAGGUACCAUUCAUUUACUAUUUAUCAGUCUGGCUAUUUAGAAGUCUUAUGGCUUCGGGGUAGAAGCUGUCUCGGAGCCUGUCGGUCCAAGAGCCGAUGCUCCGGUACCGUCUUCCGGACGAUAGCAGAGUGAACAGUCUAUGACUAGGGUGGCUGGAGUCUUUGGCAGUUUUUCGGGUCUUCCUUUCACACCGCCUGGUAUAGAGGUCCUGGAUGGCAGGGAGCUCGGCCCCAGUGAUGUACUGGGCUCUCCGCACCACCCUUUGUAGCGCUUUGCGGUCAAGGGCGGUGCAAUUGCCAUACUCUCAUUCACUUGCUGUACUCUCUCUGUCUCCGUCUCUCUCUCUCUCUGUCUCUCUCUCUCUGUGUCUCUCUCUUCUCUCUCUCUCUCUCUCUCUCUCUCUCUGUCUCUCUCUCUCUGUCUCUCUCUCUCUGUCUCUCUCUCUCUCUCUCUCUCAUUUCUCAUUUUUCUCUCUCUCUCUCUCUCUCUCUCUCUCUCUCUCUCUCUCUCUCUCUCUCUCUCUCUCUCUCUCUCUCGCUCUCGCUCUCGCUCUCUAGGCGUAGUAAGUAUGAUAUCCUGAUGGAGACGACCUCUAACCUCCUGUCAGAGACGUCCAACCACAUGGCCUCCGUAAUCACACUACGAGACCAACUGGUGAGAUCAGCGUGUGUGUGUGUUCCAGCGUGUGUGUGUGUUCCAGCGUGUGUGUGUGUUCCAGCGUGUGUGUGUGUGUUCCAGCGUGUGUGUGUGUGUUCCAGCGUGUGUGUGUGUGUUCCAGCGUGUGUGUGUGUUCCAGCGUGUGUGUGUGUGUUCCAGCGUGUGUGGUGUGUUCCAGCGUGUGUGUGUGUGUUCCAGUGUGUGUGUUCUCUCUGCAGUGCAUCAUUGAGCGGACGUAUGCGUGUGUAUCAGUACAUGUUACAUGCAGGUUAAAGCGUGUGUGUCAGUACGUGUAGUGUGUGUGUGUGUUCUCUCUGCAGUGUGUCAAUGAGAGGACCUUUAAGCGUGUGUGUCAGUACAUGCAAGCAGCCAAACUGGUCCAAGUGGUCAUUAAACCAGUUGAACAGCUCAACCCUACAGUUGGCCCCUUCAAUACCAGGAAAGGUAUGUAUUCUACACACUACCUUACAACCUCAUAUUCACACCCCUUGACUUUUUCCACAUUUUGUUACGUUACAGCCUUAUUCUAAAAUGGAUUAAAUACUUUUUUCUCCCUCAUCAAUCUACACACAAUACCCCAUAAUGACAAAGCGAAAACAGGUUUUUAGAAAUUUUUUCACAUUUUUAAGAAUAAAAAUCAGAAAUACCUUAUUUACAUAAGUAUUUAGACCCUUUGCUAUGAGACUCGAAAUUGUGCUCAGGUGCAUCCUGUUUCCAUUGAUCAUCCUUGAUGUUUCUACAACUUGAUUGGAGUCCACCUGUGGUACAUUAAAUUGAUUGGACAUGAUUUGGAAAGGCACACACCUGUCUAUAUAAGGUCCCACAGUUGACAGUGCAUAUCAGAGCAAAAACCAAGCCAUGAGGUCGAAGGAAUUGUCCGUAGAGCUCAGAGACAGGAUUGUGUCGUGGCACAGAUAUGGGGAAGAGUACCAAAAAAUAUGUGCAGAAUUGAAGGUCCCCAAGAACACAGUGGCCUCCAUCAUUCUUAAAUUGAAGAAGUUUGGAACCACCAAGACUCUUCCUAGAGCUGGCCGCCCGGCCAAACUGAGCAAUCGGGGAAGAAGGGCCUUGGUCAGGGAGGUGACCAAGAACCUGAUGGUUACUCUGGAGAUGGGAGAACCUUCCAGAAGGACAACCAUCUCUGCAGCACUCCACCAAUCAGGCCUUUAUGGUAGAGUGGCCAGACGGAAGCCACUCCUCAGUAAAAGGCACAUGAUAGCCGGCUUGGAGUUAACCAAAAGGCACCUAAAGACUCUCAGACCAUGAGAAACAACAUUCUCUGGGCUGAUGAAACCAAGAUUGAACUCUUUGGCCUGAAUGCCAAGCGUCACGUCUGGAGAAAACCUGGCACCCUCCCUACGGUGAAGCAUGGGGGUGGCAGCAUCAUGCUGUGCGGAUGUCUUUCAGCGGCGGGGUCUGGGAGACUAGUCCGGAUCGAGGGAAAGAUGAACGGAGCAAAGUACAGAGAUCCUUGAUGAAAACCUGCUCCAGAGUGCUCAGGACCUCAGACUGGGGCGAAGGUUCACCUUCCAACAGGACAACGACCCUAAGCACACAGCCAAGACAACGCAGGAGUGGCUUCGGAACAAGUCUCUGAAUGUCCUUGAGUGGCCCAGCCAGAGCUUGGACUUGAACCCGAUCGAACAUCUCUGGAGAGACCUGAAAAUAGCUGUGCAGUGACGCUCCCCAUCUAACCUGACAGAGCUUGAGAGGAUCUGCAGAGAAGAAUGGGAGAAACUCCCCAAAUACAGGUGUGCAAGCUUGUAGAGUCAUACCCAAGAAGACUCGAGGCUGUAAUCGCUGCCAAAGGUGCUUCGACAAAGUACUGAGUAACGGGUCUGAAUAGUUAUGUAAAUAGAUAUUUCAGUUUUUUUUAUUUUAUACAUUUGCACAAAUUUCUAAAAACCUGUUUUUGCUUUGUCAUUUUGAGGUCUGGUGUGUAGAUUGAUGAGGGGGGAAAAAUGUGUUUAGAUUUUUCCCCUGCUCCUGUCUCGAAACAGGGGAAGGGGAAAAAAUACAUGUCAUCUCUGCACUUCAAAUCAAAUUUAGUUUGCCACAUGCGCCGAAUACAACAGGUGUAGACCUUACAGUGAAAUGGUUAAUUACAAGACCUUAACCAACCAUUACGUUUUAAGAAAAAAUAAGUGUUAAGUAAAAAAUAUAUAACUUACUCCCUACCUGCCUCCUUGUCUGUUCUGUCUGAAACCCUGUUUCCUUACUCCCUACCUGUCUCCUUGUCUGUUCUGUCUGAAACCCUGUUUCCUUACUCCCUACCUGUCUCCUUGUCUGUUCUGUCUGAAACCCUGUUUCCUUACUCCCUACCUGUCUCCUUGUCUGUUCUGUCUGAAAUCCUGUUUCCUUACUCCCUACCUGUCUCCUUGUCUGUUCUGUCUGAAACCCUGUUUCCUUUCUCCCUACCCGUCUCCUUUCCUCUAUUGAUAGUUGAGUCCGCCAUGUUCCCUAACCCCCUGUCUCCUCUCCUGUCGUCUCCUCUCCUCCUCUCCUCUAGGGACCAAGGUGGUGGCUCGCUGUCUGAAGCCCUGUUCCCUAACCCCCUGUCUCCUCUCCUGUCGUCUCCUCUCCUCUAGGGACCAAGGUGGUGGCUCGCUGUCUGAAGCCCUGUUCCCUAACCCCCUGUCUCCUCUCCUGUCGUCUCCUCUCCUCCAGGGACCAAGGUGGUGGCUCGCUGUCUGAAGCCCUGUUCCCUAACCCCCUGUCUCCUCUCCUGUCGUCUCCUCUCCUCUAGGGACCAAGGUGGUGGCUCGCUGUCUGAAGCCCUGUUCCCUAACCCCCUGUCUCCUCUCCUGUCGUCUCCUCUCCUCCUCUCCUCUAGGGACCAAGGUGGUGGCUCGCUGUCCUGAAGCCCUGUUCCCUAACCCCCUGUCUCCUCUCCUGUCGUCUCCUCUCCUCUAGGGACCAAGGUGGUGGCUCGCUGUCUGAAGCCCUGUUCCCUAACCCCCUGUCUCCUCUCCUGUCGUCUCCUCUCCUCCUCUCCUCUAGGGACCAAGGUGGUGGCUCGCUGUCUGAAGCCCUGUUCCCUAACCCCCUGUCUCCUCUCCUGUCGUCUCCUCUCCUCUAGGGACCAAGGUGGUGGCUCGCUGUCUGAAGCCCUGUUCCCUAACCCCCUGUCUCCUCUCCUGUCGUCUCCUCUCCUCUAGGGACCAAGGUGGUGGCUCGCUGUCUGAAGCCCUGUUCCCUAACCCCCUGUCUCCUCUCCUGUCGUCUCCUCUCCUCCUCUCCUCCAGGGACCAAGGUGGUGGCUCGCUGUCUGAAGCCCUGUUCCCUAACCCCCUGUCUCCUCUCCUGUCGUCUCCUCUCCUCUAGGGACCAAGGUGGUGGCUCGCUGUCUGAAGCCCUGUUCCCUAACCCCCCUGUCUCCUCUCCUGUCGUCUCCUCUCCUCCUCUCCUCUAGGGACCAAGGUGGUGGCUCGCUGUCUGAAGCCCUGUUCCCUAACCCCCUGUCUCCUCUCCUGUCGUCUCCUCUCCUCCUCUCCUCUAGGGACCAAGGUGGUGGCUCGCUGUCUGAAGCCCUGUUCCCUAACCCCCUGUCUCCUCUCCUGUCGUCUCCUCUCCUCCUCUCCUCUAGGGACCAAGGUGGUGGCUCGCUGUCUGAAGCCCUGUUCCCUAACCCCCUGUCUCCUCUCCUGUCGUCUCCUCUCCUCUAGGGACCAAGGUGGUGGCUCGCUGUCUGAAGCCCUGUUCCCUAACCCCCUGUCUCCUCUCCUGUCGUCUCCUCUCCUCCUCUCCUCUAGGGACCAAGGUGGUGGCUCGCUGUCUGAAGCCCUGUUCCCUAACCCCCUGUCUCCUCUCCUGUCGUCUCCUCUCCUCCUCUCCUCUAGGGACCAAGGUGGUGGCUCGCUGUCUGAAGCCCUGUUCCCUAACCCCCUGUCUCCUCUCCUGUCGUCUCCUCUCCUCUAGGGACCAAGGUGGUGGCUCGCUGUCUGAAGCUCAUCAAACCCUACGUUAGGAAGGAGGUGGUCGAGGCUGAGGAUGAUGAUGAUGAUAACGACGAUGAAGAUGGGGGAGGAGCAAACAGGAAGUCCGUCCCCACAGAGGGGCGGGUCAUGGAGAGAGACCUCCUCUCACAGGCCUAUGGGAUCUGUACGUUCUGGUUUGCUCUGUUCUUAUUGGCCAAAAUAUUGGUGUAGAAAUGGAUCUCUUUUUCCAUUUUUAGGCAGGAAACGGUUCCAUUUCUGAUUGGUCGAAUGUCUUACUCUCUGCCUUGUGAUUGGCUGAUCUAGUCGUGUCCAGUGGGACCAAGGGCAUCUCCCAGAGUGCAAUGCGUGCGAGGAUGUGCAUCGGCAAGCUGGAGUCUCGCAUGAUCUGCCGUGUGCUGGAGAGGACGGACAUGAUCAGGGUAAAGAGCGUUUAUACACGUCAAAUAAAUAAAUAUAUACAGGACUAUGUCAUCUACUGUGACGUCACCAUUGGUUUAUCACCUUUCUCUUGUUGUCAUGGCAAAGCUUAUUGAGCGGUGUCUGUUUGCCUUGGAAAUGACGUUUUCCCAUAUUUCUUUAUGAAAUAGACAAGUGUGUGUGUGUGUGUUGUCCGUGUGUGUUGUGUGUUAUCCUUGUGUGUGUGUGUGUGUUGUGUGUUAUCCUUGUGUGUGUGUGUGUGUGUUAUCCUUGUGUGUGUGUGUGUGUGUGUGUGUGUGUGUUAUCCUUGUGUGUGUGUGUGUGUGUUGUGUGUGUGUGUGUGUGUUAUCCUUGUGUGUGUGUGUGUGUGUGUGUUAUCCUUGUGUCCGUCCGUCCCUCAGGGUUUCAUGGAAGACGAGGGUCGUCAGAGGACCACCAAGUACGUCAGCCAUCUGCAUGUAGACCAGUGUGACCUGCUUCAACAUCUAGUCAAAGAGCAGAACCGAUCAGACAAGCUUCGCACUGUAGGGGGCCCCAAAACCCCAGCACAGACCACCCCAAAAACACCAUGGCUUCUGGAACCUCUGGGAAACACUGAGGAAGAGAAGGAUGGAGAGAGGGGUGAGGAAGAGGGAGACUGGGAAGUCAAGAAGAAAGGGAAGAAGGGAGCAAAGAAGAAAAAGAAGAAGGAAAAAGUGGGCGAGAAACUCAACUUCCUGGUACCUACUCACUCUACACCCGUCAACAGUGAGUACCCUACACCCUAAAUACUGACCUAACUCUACUUCCUGGUACCUACUCACUCUACACCCGUCAGCAGUGAGUACCCUACACCCUAAAUACUGACCUAACUCUACUUCCUGGUACCUACUCACUCUACACCCGUCAGCAGUGAGUACCCUACACCCUAAAUACUGACCUAACUCUACUUCCUGGUACCUACUCACUCUACACCCGUCAGCAGUGAGUACCCUACACCCUAAAUACUGACCUAACUCUACUUCCUGGUACCAACUCACUCUACACCCGUCAGCAGUGAGUACCCUACACCCUAAAUACUGACCUAACUCUACUUCCUGGUACCUACUCACUCUACACCCGUCAACAGUGAGUACCCUACACCCUAAAUACUGACCUAACUCUACUUCCUGGUACCUACUCACUCUACACCCGUCAACAGUGAGUAUGCAUACUAAAUAUGCAACCUACACCCUAACACCCAAUUCCCUGGCAUCCUGUAAGGGUACACUCUUAACUAAUGCGCACUUAAGAUUUAACCUCCAUUUACAGUGCAUUCGGAAAGUAUUCAGACCCCUUCACUUUUUCCACAUUUUGUUACGUUACAGCCUUAUUCUAAAAUGGAUUAAAUUGUUUGUUUUUUCAUCAAUCUACACACAAUACCCCAUAAUGACAAAUCCAAAACAGGUUUUUAGAUUUAAAAAAAUUAAAUAUCACAUUUACAUACGUAUUCAGACCCUUUACUCAGUACUUUGUUGAAGCACCUUUGGCAGCGAUUACAGCCUCGAGUCUUCUUGGGUAUGACGCUACAAGCUUGGCACAUCUGUAUUUGGGGAGUUUCUCCCAUUCUUCUCUGCAGAUCCUCUCAAGCUCUGUCAGGUUAGAUGGGGAGCGUCGCUGCACAGCUAUUUUCAGUUCUCUCCAGAGAUGUUUGAUCGGGUUCAAGUCCGGGCUCUGGCUGGGCCACUCAAGGACAUUCAGAGACUUGUACCGAAGCCACUCCUGCGUUGUCUUGGCUGUGUGCUUAGGGUCGUUGUCCUGUUGGAAGGUGAACCUUUGCCCCAGUCUGGGUCCUGAGCGCUCUGGAGCAGGUUUUCAUCAAUGAUCUCUCUGUACUUUGCUCCGUUCAUCUUUCCCUCGAUCCUGACUAGUCUCCCAGUCCCUGCCGCUGAAAGACAUCCCCACAUCAUGAUGCUGCCACCACCAUGCUUCACCGUAGGGAUGGUGCCAGGUUUCCUCCAGAGGUGAUGCUUGGCAUUCAGGCCAAAGAGUUCAAUCUUGGUUUCAUCAGGCCAGAGAAUCUUGUUUCUCAUGGUCUGAUAGUCCUUUAGGUGCCUUUUGGUAAACUCCAAGCGGGCUGUCAUGUGCCUUUUACUGAAGAGUGGCUUCCGUCUGGCCACUCUACCAUAAAGGCCUGAUUGGUGGAGUGCUGCAGAGAUGGUUGUCCUUCUGGAAGGUUCUCCCAUCUCCACAGAGGAACUCUGGAGCUCUGACCAUCGGGUUCUUGGUCACCUGCCUGACCAAGGCCCUUCUCCCCCGAUUGCUCAGUUUGGCCGGGCGGCCAGCUCUAGAAAGAGUCUUGGUGGUUCCAAAUUUGUUGCAUUUAAGAAUGAUGGAGACCUUCUUGGGGACCUUCAAUGCUGCAGACAUGUUUUGGUACCCUUCCCCAGAUCUGUGCCACGACACAAUCCUGUCUCUGAGCUCUACGGACUAUUCCUUAGACGUCAUGGCUUGGUUUUUGCUCUGACUUGCACUGUCAACUGUAGGACCUUAUAUAGAAAGGUCUUUGCCUUUCCAAAUCAUGUCCAAUCAAUUGAAUUUACCACAGGUGGACACUAAUCAACUUGUAGAAACCUUUCAAGGAUGAUCAAUGGAAACAGGAUGCACCUGAGCUCAAUUUUCGAGUCUCAUAGCAAAUGUCUGAAAUGUAUAUGUAAAUAAAAACCUGUUUUCGCUUUGUCAUUAUGGGGUGUUGUGUUUAGAUUGAGGAUUUGUAUUUAUUUAAUCCAUUUUAGAAUAAGGCUGUAACGUAACAGAAUGUGGAGAAAGUGAAGGGGUCUGAAUACUUUCUGAAUGCACUGUACCUGUUCAGAACAUUCAGACUGAAAUGUUUGUUGUAGCACAGAUAUGAUUGGCUGUCAGCUAGAAAAGGGAAUCGUGUCAGCUCUAUUCAUUCUAUUUCUAUCUGCAACGUUGAGCGUUUCAAGACCCUGAAUAUGCCCCUGCUUUACCUUGGUUCACUUGCCUCUCAGGUGAGACCACGCCCCCUACCGAAGGGGGAGCCAAUCAAGAGCUAGAGCUGGAAUCUCGGCUCAGCACUGGUGAGGGGCAGGAGUCAAAAUUCAGUCCUGACGUUUCAUUGGACCAGACGGAGAGUAUGUUAGUAGGCAACAGCCAACCAGAGGACAGCGUCACGGUCAUCGAGGAGAUCCCCAGUCAAAAGGUGUGGCUGUGUGUCUCAAACAAAAAUGAUUAUGUAAGAUCUCUGCAGAUCUAGUACAUGAAUUCCAUGUCUGAAUCUCUCUCUCUCUCUCUCUCUCCCCCCUGGUCUCUGUUUGGUCAGGAGUGUACCCGCCAGACGUACCGCCUGCUGAAAAGGAAGAACAUGAUUGUGGAAGCUGUCCGGAGCCUCAAGAUCAUCGAGGGCCUCUUCACGUCAGUUACAUCACUUCCUGUCUCACUUCCUGCUACACUAUCACUGGGAUUUGUAGUUUAAAAUAAUUCUCAAUCUGAUUCUAUUGUCCUUCUCUCCCUCCUCGCUCUCCCUCUUCCUCCCUCUUCCCCCCUCUCUCUCUCCCCCCCCCUCCCCUCUCUCUCCCCCCCUCUCCCCUCUUCCCCCCUCUCUCCCCUCUUCCCCCCUCUCUCCCCCCCUACUCUUCGCCCUCCUCUCUCUCUCUUUCCUCUCUCGCCCCCCUCUCGGCCCUCUUCCCCCUCUCUCCUCUCCCCCCUCUCUCCCUCCCCCCCUCUCUCUCUCUCCCCCCUCUCUCCCCCCUCUCCCUCUCUCCCCCCCCUCUCUCUCCCCCCCUCUCUCUCUCCCCCUCUCUCUCCCUCCCCCCCCUCUCUCUCCGCCUCCUCCUCCUCUCUCUCUCCCCCUCUCUCUCUCUCCCUCCUCUCCUCUCUCUCCCUCCUCUCUCUCUCUCUUCUCCCUCUCUCUCCCCCCCUCUCUCUCCUCCCUCUCCGCCCCCCUCUCUCUGUCCCCCCUCUCCCCCUCGCCCCUCUCUCUCUCUCUGUCCCCCCCUCCUCCUCUUCCCCCCUCCUCCUCUCCCUCCCCCCUUCUCUCUCCCCUCCUGUCCCCCCUCUCUAUCUGUCCCCCCCUCUCUCUGUCCCCCCCCUCUCUCUCUGUUCCCCCCUCCCCCCCUCUCUCCCUCUGCCUCCCUCUCUCCCGCCCCCCCUCCCUUUCUCUCCCUCCCUCCCUCUCUCCCUCCAGACUCCAGAGGUUGGUCCAGGAUGAGGAGAAGUUAGAUGGUGUCAACACUAAGUGUUGUAAGAAGUCUAUCCUGCGUCUCAUCAGAUCUCUGUCUAAAGAGGGAAUGCUCAAACUGUUCAGAACCACUGUUAUACAGGAUGAGUUAGCAAGAAGGUACACACACUGGACACACACACUGUUCAGAACCACUGGACACACACACUGUUCAGAACCACUGUUAUACAGGAUGGAGUUAGCAAGAAGGUACACACACUGGACACACACACUGUUCAGAACCACUGGACACACACACUGUUCAGAACCACUGUUAUACAGGACGGAGUCAGCAAGAAGGUACACACACUGGACACACACACUGUUCAGAACCACUGUUAUACAGGACGGAGUCAGCAAGAAGGGACACACACACCAUAGAUUAUACAGUUGAAGUCGGAAGUUUACAUACACCUUAGCCAAAUACAUUUAAACUCAGUUUUUCACAACUCCUGACAUUUAAUCCUAGUAAAAAUUCCCUGUUUUAGGUCAGUUAGGAUCACCACUUUAUUUUAAGAAUGUGAAAUGUCAGAAUAAUAUUAGAGAGAAUGAUUUAUUUCAGCUUUUAUUUCUUUCAUCCAUUCCCAGUGGGUCAGAAGUUUACAUACACUCAAUAGUAUUUGGUGCAUUGACUUUAAAUUGUUUAACUUGGGGUCAAACGUUUCGGGUAGCCUUCCACAGCUUCCCACAAUAAGUUGGGUGAAUUUUGGCCCAUUCCUCUGACAGAGCUGGUGUAACUGAGUCAGGUUUGGUAGGCCUCCUUGCUCGCACACGCUUUUCAGUUCUGCCCACACAUUUUCUAUAGGAUUGAGGUCAGGGCUUUGUGAUGCCACCCCAAUACCUUGACUUUGUUGUCCUUAAGCCAUUUUGCCACAACUUUAGAAGUAUGCUUGGGGUCAUUGUCCGUUUGGAAGACCCAUUUUAACCUUUACGUCCUUUAGCCAGACGCUUUUACCAGAGCGACUUAAAUGAAGCCAUCUAUUUUGUUUUGUUUCAUCAGACCAGAGGACAGUUCUCCAAAAAGUACGAUCUUUGUCCCCAUGUGGCAGUUGCAAACCGUAGUGUGGGCUUUUUUAUGGCGGUUUUGGAGCAGUGGCUUCUUCCUUGCUGAGCGGCCUUUCAGGUUUAUGUCGAUAUAGGACUUGUUUUACUGUGGAUAUAGAUACUUUUGUACCUGUUUCCUCCAGCAUCUUCACAAGGUCCUUUGCUGUUGUUCUGGGAUUGAUUUGCACUUUUCGCACCAAAGUACGAUAAUCUCUAGGAGACAGAACGCGUCUCCUUCCUGAGCGGUAUGAUGGCUGCGUGGUCCCAUGGUGUUUAUACUUGCGUACUAUUGUUUGUACAGAUGAACGAGGUACCUUCAGGCGUUUGGAAAUUGCUCCCAAGGAUGAACCAGACUUGUGGAGGUCUACAAUGUUUUUUUCUGAGGUCUUGGCUGAUUUCUUUUGAUUUUCCCAUGAUGUCAAGCAAAGAGGAACUGAGUUUGAAGGUAGGCCUUGAAAUACAUCCACAGGUACUCCUCCAAUUGACUCAAAUGAUGUCAAUUAGCCUAUCAGAAGCUUCUAAAGCCAUGACAUAAUUUUCUGGAAUUUUCCAAGCUGUUUAAAGGCACAGUCAACAUUUUACAUUUACAUUUUAGUCAUUUAGCAGACGCUCUUAUCCAGAGCGACUUACAGUUAGUGAGUGCAUACAUUUUCAUACUGGCCCCCCGUGGGAAACGAACCCACAACCCUGCCGUUGCAAGCGCCAUGCUCUACCAACUGAGCUACAGGGGACCCUACGUAGUGUAUGUAAACUUCUGACCCACUGGAAUUGUGAUACAGUGAAAUAAUCUGUCUGUAAACAAUUGUUGGAAAAUUACUUGUAUCAUGCACAAUUAUCAAACACAAAGUAAAAUGUUCCUAAAAACCCACUUCCAAAAAUAUAGUUUAAAAAGACAUUUGGGGUUUUUAAAAGUUAAAAUUCCCUUCAACUGUAAAAAACAAUUUUUUAUUUUGACCUCCUCUCCUCUCCUCUCCUCCCUCUCCUCUCCUCUCCCCUCCUCUCCUCUCCUCUCCUCUCCUCUCCUCUCCUCUCCCUCCUCCGCUUUCCCCCCUCUUUCCCCUUCCCCCUCCCCUCCUCUUUCCCCCUCCUCUCCUCUCCUUUCCCCUUUCCCCCUCCCCCUCCCCUUCCCCCUCUCCCCCCUUCCUCUCCCUCCUCCUUCCCCCUCCUCUUUCCCCUCCUCUCCCCCUUUCCCCUCCUCCUCUCCUCUCCUCCCCCCUCCUCUCCCUCCCCCUCUCCUCUCCUCUCCUCCCCCUUGGUCCUCUCCUCUCCUCUCCCCCCUCCUCUCCCCCUCCUUCCUCCCCCUUUUCCCCUCCUCCCCCCGUCCCCCUUUCCUUCAGGGCCCCUUUUUUUAACCCCCCCCCUCUCCUCCCCCUCCCCCUCUCCUCUCCCCCCCCUCUCCUCCCCCUUCCUCCUCCCCUUUCCCGGGGGAGUUUUUUAAAUCCCUCCCCUGUGACUCCUAUUUAUGCUAAAAUUUAAUUUAGCUAUAGAAAAGGUCCUUUUUUCCCUAUUUUCCACUCCCCACUCUGCUGCACGGUGAGACACACCCAACACCCAAAAGCCCCACCCGCACCCACACCCACACACAUAGCCCCAACCGACACACACAAAACACACACACACACCCCACACCCCACACCACACACAAAACAUGUAUAAAAGUUUUGUAAAAGGGUCCUCUAUAAAGGGCUCACUCUCUCCCCUUUCCUUCUCUCUCUCUUUCCUUUUUUUCCCCCCUCUCUCUCUUUCCUUCUCUCCCCUCUUUCCUUCUCUCUCUUUCUCUCCCAUUUUUAAUGAAGUUCAGGGAAAAGGGGAAGGCUAAGGAAGGGGGAGGAAAACUGAGGAAAAGAGGCCCCCCGCAAAAUCCAGAGGAAAGAAACAAAGACCCAAAGGCCCGGCCAAACCAAAAGAAAGAACUGGGAACUUCCCAAAACCUUUAAUAGGGAAAUUGGGGUGUGAUUUUUAAACCCGCUACCAGGGAAAGGGGUGUUUAGUAGCUGAAAGUCUCUCUCUCCCCUCCUCUCCUCCCUCAUCUCCUCCAUCUCUCUCCCCUCUCUCUCCCCUCUCCAUACCUCUCCUCCUCCUCUCCCCCCCCCUCUCUCCUCUCAUGUCCUCUCUCCUCUCUCCUCUGCUCCUCUCCUCCUCUCUCCUCUCUCUCAGUCCCAGGUCUGAGCAAGACGUUGGGGUUCCAGCCUAAGAUGCCUCGUCUGAGACUGACACACACCUUCCUGUGGUACGUACCAACAUCACCCUUAAACUAACUCCAAAAGUGGCAGAGUCAAGCAACAGGUUUUUCCCUUGUGGGAUAAAUAGUCUUUUUUAAUUGAAUUGAAUUUAUUGUUCUAGCAAAAAUAGGAUUUCAUGCCACACAGUGUAUAUUGGGCAACGUAAGGCUGUUCAGUUACAAAAUAGUCAGAGAAACACCUGUUAAAAUCAUAUUUAUUUAUUUUACCUUUAUUUAACCAGGUAAGCCAGUUGAGAACAAGUUCUCAUUUACAACUGCGACCUGGCCAAGGUAAAGCAAAGCAGUCAUAUUUAUCAUUGAUCAAAUGUCCUCCUAGGUAUCUGACCUACGGACACCCCCUGAGACACAGCCCCACCACCGCUUCCCUGGACUUCCACACCACCUCCAGCUCUAUCGUCCUCCCCACUGACAACCCUAGUGUCCAGACUACCUACCCCACCACCCCCACCCCCAGGAACCCUGUUAACGCUGCCAACAACCCCUCACAACCCCAAACUACACACACUGACAACGCCCGUCCUUCUAGCUCUGAACACACAGACCUCACCACCCCAAGCCCCCAAAA